CUACUCCUCACAGUUCUCUUUGGCUCUAUUCAAUCUCUCUAGCUGCACUUGUUACAGCUCCUCUCCAUCACCUUCAUCACAGCACCAGUGUCUUCUUCACCAAAGAGAAACCGAAGAUGUCCGGCAUCAUGAAAGUGUUUUUGCUCCUGGCUGUCAUGGUCUGCAUCUCUAAAGCCCAACUUGAUCAUACAUCAGGAAAUGACUGUCUGUGUCGAACGGUCAGGAAUGGAGUUAGCUCGAAAAGGGACAUAAAGGACAUCCAGAUCAACCCAGCAACUGUCUUCUGUGACAAAGUGCAGAUUGUUGUCACCUUAAACAGCGGCCUUCGCUAUUGCCUGAACCCCAGGUUGGAGGCAGUGCAAAAACUCAUGGCUAAGAUCAUGAAACCGGUAACUUCUACUACAGCCAGACCAACUGAGCUCACUUCCACCACAGCUCGCGUCUGACCCGUUAUCUCCCCCACGAUCAACAAGCAACUCAGAUGACCUCUGACCCCUACAAACAAAGGCACCUUAAAAAAAAUGCAGAUGUGAAAGGAAAUAAACUUUUUAUCUAUUUAUCUUCUAUUUAUACUGAUGUGCACUUACAGUUUAAUCUCUGUUUUAUUUCAUUUAUUUUUAUCUGUUUUUGUAAAUAGACGUAUGUGUUGUGAACCAAUUUUUAUGAAUUGUGGAAAUGUUUUUUAUAAUAAUAAAAGUUAAA